GAGAAACAGAGCAUAGACAGAACAAGUAGAAGACGGAGGUGAACAACCAAGUGUUUUCUUUGAAAUCUUUUUUUGUCUUAUUGCACAAGAAUCUUGAUGUUUCAUAUAUAUUGUAGCGGAUACAUUAACAAAUCUGACCUGUAAAGUACAAACUCAAAAAAAACAGACGUUGUGUGAAGAAAAUGAGCAGCAUGUGUGUUCGGGCCGCGCUUGCAGUCCUCCUCCUGUUCAUAGCUACCGUUGAUGCUGGUGAAGGAGGAGUAACAUUCUGGAGAAAAAACUUCACAAUGACCUGUCCAGAAUACGGGGGCUGGUUCUUCAAAGAAAAAGAUACUACAUUUAAAGAAACUGCGUAUACUGUCACGUAUAAUGAGAUAACUAAAGGCCUAUACUUCUGUAAAUACAAUGAAAAAAAAUAUUAUUUCUACGUGAAAGGAAAGGUCUGUGAGAACUGCUUUGAGGUGGACGCAACUCUGUUUGGGCUGGCCAUUGCUGUGGACGUGAUAGGGACAGCAAUUGUGAUGAUCAUUAUCUACAGGUGCACCAAAAAGAAGAGCUCAGCUGUACCCACUCAAACUUCUAAAGGAGUCCCGGCUCCACCUGUCCCAAAUCCUGACUAUGAGCCUCUUAACCAACACACUCGCUCCCAGGAUCCUUACUCUACGGUGAACCGGAUGGGAUAGAGACAAGUUACCCGACUGCGGCAGGUCGCUGGUUUACCUGCUGCACAGACGGAGGCAGACAUUCGGAUGAAAGGAUAGAUGAAAAGAGUUUAAUUUGUUUUGUUCAUAGUAUGUAAAAGGUUAAGCAGAAAAAUACAUCCAGGUUCGUCUUAUUUAAGUAAUUACCAACGAAACCUGUAAAAUAAAAUUGAAUUGAUGAAAUAAUAAUAGGAAAAGUAAACACAAAAAGAGUGUAAAAAAAAUGUGUAAUGCUACUCAUCCAUGUAUUUAUUGUCAUUAUAAUCUAUGAACUCUUCCAACUGUCUUGGGCUAAUGCACCGACACCGAGAGCGCAUAAAAACUGGACAGCAAAAAAGCCAAACAAAAGCUUAAAGUAACAUAAAAGUGGUUUAAACGACGGUUUGAAUGCAGACUUGACUGACUACUGAACGACAAAAAAAGGCAAAAAACUUAAGCAUCAACCUUGUACUCUGUGUAGAUACUCCUACAUUAAUUAAACAUAAUACUACUUAAAGGCUUUCACGUAUAUCGCCAUCGAAGGAAAGCAGUUCAAUUAAGGGUCACUUGAGAAAGUGUUUUGGAUUUUCUAAUUAUAAAUGUUAUCUUUUAAGAAACCGAGCAAAAACAUUUCCAAUCACGUCUAAUGUGUGGAAGCAGAAAUCAAAAGAAAAAAUAAAACCAGAACUAUUUGGUUGGUUAGCGAGCUUUAGAGGUUAGCGUGUAAACAGAUUUUAUUUUUAAAUAUACAUAAUGUACCUAGUGUUUAUGCUUUUUCUGAAUGUAUGUAUGUUAAUGAAAUGAUUGGUCUAAGCAUUGAGGUCGUUGGUACAGUUGCACUGGACUGCUCUGUAUUCAGAGAUGUUUCUAAUAUUCUGACCCCUCAUGUUUUUCACAGGAAGGACAAAAGAAUACAAACAAAAUCCAAACCAUCAUUUCUAAAAUAAACACAUGAUAGAAACUGUGAUGUUAUCAGCUCAAUAUAGAUGGCAGAGUCUGUGUACUGGGUUGCAUCAGAUUGUACGUCAUGAAGAAGCCCCUAAGAGUAAAUAUAUAUCUUUAUAGUGUAGUCCCACUUAUCCUUAAUAUAAAACAUCUUAUUUACAACUGUAAAAUAAAAAAAAUCAUGUUGUCAUUUCCUUUACAGAGAUAGUAAUAUCGAUGUCCUUGUAUAUAAUGUAUGUUUAUGCAAUUCUAGGUUCUGAUUCGCAAGUUAUGUUUGUCAUACAUGUCAAAUGUUGGUGCACAAUGUCAUUUUGCUCAUCUUUUCUGCUUUUUUAAAAUUUAAUUUCCUGUAUUUUGAUAUCCCUUCUACUGUAAUUACACUGUAAUGUGUCACUAAUAAAUAAUUCACACCCAA